AGGUAUUGUAAGUUAUUGAGCUCUGCAUUAUUGAGCUUUGAAGUAUGAAUGAAGGCAGGCGAAUACGUUGACUUCCUCUGAUUUUUCCCCUUUAUCUUCAUCCUCCCACUCCCUCCCUCCAUCCCUUCGUUCCUGCUAUUUUAACCUCUGGCGCCGUAAUCAUUUUCCUCCGCUCUCUAGUUUAAUUGGGACCAAACCUCAGAUGCCAUCUUGAAGCAAUUAGAAGAAAAAGUGAGAUGUGAUGGAGUGUACGAUCAUCAAUUACAUUUCAAUAUUUCUAUCUGGGUGUCUUCUUUUUGGGGUCUUCAAGCUCUUUGUCAAACUAUGGUGGACUCCCAUGAGGAUUCAGAGGUUCAUGAGGUCACAGGGGAUUCAAGGUCCUUCUUUUAAGUUCAUCCAAGGCAAUACCAGAGAUGUUUACAUCAAAAGAAUGCAGGCCAUGGCUACACCCAUGGACCUUUCCCAUAACAUUCUCCACAGAGUUAUGCCUUGUGUUCACUCUUGGCUCAACCUUUACGGGAGGAACUAUCUUCAGUGGUCUGGAGUUGAUGCUCAGUUAAUGAUUACAGACCCAGAGAUGAUCAAGGAGGUGCUCCAUGAUCGACAAAAGAGCUUCCCAAAAGCAAAACUCAAAGGCCACAUUCAUAGAAUUUUUGGAAAUGGACUUGCCACAGCAGAGGGUCAAAGAUGGGCCAACUCCAGGAGAAUAGCUAACUUUGCUUUCCAUGGAGACAGUCUCAAAAACAUGAUCCCAACCAUGAUUGAGUGUGGUGAGAAGAUGAUUGAAGGGUGGAAGAAUUAUGAAGGCAAAGAAUUGGAUGCGUUCAAAGAAUUCAAAGUAUUCACUUUGGAUGUCAUUUCUCAUACUGCUUUUGGGAGUAGUUACCAACAAGGAAAGAAAAUCUUCCACAUGCUACGAGAGCUUUGCGAGCUAUCAAUCAGAAAUGGAUACAAAAUUAGGCUACCUAUAAUCAGUAAAAUUUUGAAAUCAAAAGAUGAUUAUGAAGGAGAAAGGCUUGGAAAGAGACUUAAAGAUUGCUUCAUGGAAAUCAUAAAAGAGAGAGAAGAGAAGUUGAGGAAUGGUGAAGCAAAUGAUUAUGGGAAUGACUUUCUGGGAUUAUUAAUAAAGGCGAAGAACGACCCUGAAACAUCACAAUGCAUUUCUAUGGAAGACAUUGUUGAUGAAUGCAAAACAUUUUACUUUGCUGGACAUGAGACCACCAAUGUUUUGUUGGCUUGGACUAUGCUUCUUUUGGCUUUGCAUAAAGAAUGGCAAGAAAAAGCAAGAAAUGAAGUGUUGGAUGUAUUUGGACACAACAACCCAACUUUGGAAGGCCUUCCAAAACUAAAAACAAUGGCGAUGAUCAUCAAUGAAUGUCUGAGGCUAUAUCCACCGGCAAUGCCAGUAGCACGGCGAGUAGAGAAGGAAGUGAGACUAGGAAACCUGGUGGUUCCUACAGCGACUAUGCUGACAAUUCCUACAGUAGCAGUUCAUCAUGACACAACGUUUUGGGGGGAGGACGCACAUGAAUUCAAACCAGAAAGAUUUUCAGAAGGGGUGGGGAAAGCCACCGAAAACAACUCGGCUGCGUAUAUCCCGUUCGGAUUGGGGCCUCGAAACUGUGUGGGGAUGAACUUUGCAAUGAACGAAGCCAAAAUUGCAAUGUCAAUGAUUCUACAGAGAUACUCCUUCAGGCUAUCGCCGGCCUAUGCACACAUGCCGGCGCAGUUGUUAACCAUUAGCCCCCAGAAUGGAGUUCAAGUGAUACUAAAUUCAAUAGCAGAUUAAAAAGAUUGAAAUGAACACUGUUUGGGUGUUAAUAAGAUACAUGUAUGUAUGGUUGGUACUCUAAAUUUGAACAAAUAUAUGGCAAAACUACAUUAUUAUUAUUAUUAUUAUUAUUACUACGAUUGGUUCGGUC